ACUCAUCAGUACUUGUCUCAAUUUCAAACACUUGUUAUAAGUUAGCCAAGCCCUGUUUCUAGCUAUCUGUUUCUUUACCCAAAAAAAAAAAACCAACUCUGUUCUUUAAUAUUUGAUUUUGACCACAAUGCAGUACCAGACAGAAUCAUGGGGCUCCUAUAUGCCCACGAGAAGUAGCAUGGGCGGCGACCCACUGGAGCGCAUAGAGAGGAUGGCCUCAGAGAACGCUGUGGUGAUAUUCAGCGUGAGCAGCUGCUGCAUGUGCCAUGCCAUCAAGAGGCUGUUUUGUGGCAUGGGCGUCAACCCAACUGUGUACGAGCUGGAUGAAGACCCAAGAGGCAAAGACUUGGAGAGGGCCCUGAUGAGGCUCUUGGGCACCUCCUCUGCUGUUCCUGUGGUCUUCAUUGGUGGAAAGCUUGUGGGUGCUAUGGACAGAGUCAUGGCCUCUCACAUCAAUGGCACUCUGGUUCCUCUUCUCAAAGAGGCUGGGGCUCUCUGGCUCUGAAAAUUGGUUCUCUUCUUUCUUCAAAUACUAGUUUUUUGUUCAUUUUUAAGAGAGAGAGAAGAAGAGGAAGAAAAUGACUAGGACCUAAUUACAUAGCAAAAAAGUACCUAAUUGAUGACCAGCAGCAGGGCAGAGGAAGAGGAGUUGCUUUUGUGAGUCCCCCCUAGCUCCAUUUUGGACACACUAAUCACUAAUGUCUCACUCACUAGCUACCUACUUCAUUUCUCUUCUGGGUUUUGUUUUCUUAGUUUCAUAUGGGUGUGUUGGAUUGUCUUCAUGCUUUUACUGUGGGUGUUCAGAGAUUUGUAAUGUAAUGUAAUGGCUCCCUCCUCUGUAUACAAAAA